AGGGCACAGGGAGCGGGAGUGACCCAGUACUGCACUCUGAUUGGUUCCUUUCACUCGACUGUAGAUAGUCUGACAUAAACGAAGCUACACGUCGGAAUUUGACAGCGACAGCACGGCCUAAAACCUCCCAAGGACUCGCCUGACUUCCUUAAUAAUUCCGGGAAGAUUGGAAAGUGUCAGAGAAAAGGCAAAAAUUAAUCUCAAACUAGACGACUUUCCAACUCUCUGACAUGGCGAGCAAGCUCGUCUCGAAGCUGCUUCGACCUCCGGCGUUGUCGCAACUUCAGGCGUCUCUCCGCUCAGGCUGCUUCUUACGGGCGAAGGCGGCGGCGGCGGCGGGUACCAGGCAUUCAUCCAGAGACAGCGACCCUCCUCCGGAGAAAAUCAGUCGAUAUCCAGUUCCUUACAAAAAAGACCUACCCUAUGAUAUAGUGGAGCUUAUGGAGGAAGUGGAAUCAAAGGGAGGCUUUUUGCCCAAUGUCUUCAAAGUCCUCUCUCACAGACCUGCAGAGUUCAGAGCCUUCUUCGCCUACUACAACGAGCUAAUGAACAAGGAGACAGGCAGAUUAACCAAAGCAGACCGUGAGCUGAUUGUCGUGGCAACUAGUAUUCACAACAAGUGUCUUUACUGCGUGGUGUCCCACGGUGCACUGCACCGAAUCUACUCAAAGAAACCCACUCUUUCUGAUCAGGUGAUCGUUAACUAUGAGAAUGCAGAGCUGGCACCUCGAGAGCGCGCCAUGCUGGACUUUGCGAUGGCAGUGUGUCGCUGCGACACCAUCACAGAGGAGCACUUUCGGUCCCUGGAGGAAGUUGGCUUUGACCGCGAGGAUGCCUGGGACAUUGCUGCCAUCGCUGCUUUUUUUGCCAUGUCCAACCGGCUCGCCCACCUCACCGACAUGAGGCCCAACCUGGAAUUUUUCAAUAUGGGCCGCAUGCCACGGGACAAAAGCAAGGGCAAGGCAGGGGAGGGCAAGUGAGAAAAGAGUCAGAGUUCUCGUUUCCCUCAGUCUUGUGAAAAAACAGAUGUUUUCACAUGUAUGGUGAAAUGACAUGCAGUGUUACAUCUAUUAAUGCUGCUUAAAAGCUGUCGUGGUUGGAAGUGUAACGCUGAAUUAACCUGUAACCUGGGAUCAGAACUUAUGUCCCACAGUGGUUUGAGUCGCAGCCAGUGUUUACAUGGAGAACUAUCAAAAAACUAACCUAAAAACAAAGCCAAAUGACUGUUGCUAUUAAAACUAAUCAGAAGUCUCAUUCUGUAUCCAUACAGUCAGAAGUGGUAUAUGUGAAUGACUCUAGCCUUUAAACACAGUUUUUCAUUUCAAAGACGAAGAGGGAUGAAAGCGACAGUUUGUGAGUUGCUUCACUUUGUGUUAAUGUGUGUUGGGGUGCUUUUGGGAUUAUUACUUACUUUACUUAAUUUCAAUAAUUUUCCAUUCUCUCAAACUGUAGUCCUUAGGCUACAAUUACUACAGUACAUCAGUCCAGCACAUUAGAGUAACUGACCAUUGUUGUCUUGAAAACGUGAAAAAGAAACACCUGAAACUCAGAAUAUCAAGACACCUCUUCACUUUCUAUUUUCUCUUAUAAUAUCAUAAUUAAAUUUUAGUGUGUUUGCAAACAGGACCAAGUUACUGCUGUGUUCAUGUUUAUGUGGGAAAAUGCUUUUCCUGUUUUCCUUAAAAUAAAGUGAAUAAAGUAUUCAUACUA